UGAUUUCAGACAGAAAUAUUUGUAGGGGGAACAGUAUGUCCAGUAACUGCACAAAUGUAACAGUGUGCUUGAAUGAAACAACAACAGACUUCGAUGGCCAGGAGACUCUGUCAGCAAUAUUCAGCACCAUCCUCUCUGUAAUUCUGGCAUUGGUUGUGUUUUCCUUAGGAUGCACUGUCGAAGCUGUUAAAUUGUGGUCUCACUUUAGGCGACCAUGGGGAAUUGUUAUUGGACUGGUGUGCCAGUUUGGACUUAUGCCUCUGAUAGCCUAUCUGCUAGCUAUAGGCUUUUCUGUAAAACCUGCACAAGCUGUGGCUAUCCUCAUCAUGGGAUGUUGUCCUGGUGGUGUCAUCUCUAACAUCAUGACCUUAUGGGUAGAUGGAGACAUGGAUCUCAGCCUCAGUAUGACUUCCUGUUCGACCCUCCUUGCUAUGGGUAUGAUGCCCCUGUGUCUCUUCGUAUACUUACACUCCUGGGAACUGGCAAAAACCUUAAAAAUACCUUAUGAUAAAAUAGGCAUGGCACUUGUAAGCUUAGUUCUCCCUGUUGGAGUGGGAGUAUAUGUAAAGUACAAAUGGCCAGGAAGAGCUAAACUUAUUUCAAAGGCUGGAUCUGUUAUUGGAGGACUCCUAAUGCUUUUUAUAGGUAUAGUUGGUUCUGUGCUCUACAAAGGAUCCUGGAACACAGACGUCUCCAUCCUGACGAUUGGCAUUAUCUAUCCUCUACUUGGCUAUGUCUUAGGCUUUUGCCUUGCAGUAAUUACACGUCAGCCUUGGCAAAGGUGCAGAACAAUUGCUCUGGAGACUGGAGCCCAAAACGUUCAAAUGUGUUCUACCAUUCUUCAGCUGUCCUUUAACCCUCAGCAGCUUGUCCACAUGUUUACCUUCCCACUGAUAUAUGGAUCAUUCCAGCUUCUUAAUGGAAUGUUUAUUGUGGCUGCCUACCAGCUGUAUAAGAGAAAAUUCAGAUCAAGAAGUAGUACCUUUAUGAACCCUUCAGAAGGACGCAUUACAGUGAAUGAGAUCAUUAUCAACGGGAGCUACAAAAUCAAUGCUGCUUAUGACACUGAAGGAGAUAUAAACCCCAGUGACACCUUUUCUCCAAAAAAAAGGGGAAUCUUGCCGUAAUAUCUACAGUAUCCAAGAACACCUUUGACCGCUUUCUAUAACAGAAAAUCGGAAUAUUAGGAAAGAUUGACUUCCUGUGUUUUGUAUUAUUUGAUAGCAUCUUUUAUUGAAUCACCAAUAAUGUUACUAUGAAUUAUUCAUAUCUCAAUUAAAAUAUGGACAUUUA